AUGGACCUCCACCGCCCCUUCAAGAUGGACAGUCCCUCCUACCUGCCAGCUCCACUGGCCUCCCCAGCCCUAAUGGUGCUAGCUUCCACUGCUGAAGCUGGCCGAGAUGCUUCUGUCCCCUGCCAGGCCCCCAGACCCUUCGGUGUCCCCAUCUCUGUAGAAAAAGACCUCCACCUACCUUUCCCUUCAGCCUCCUACACCUUUACCUCCCUGUACCAGCGGCAGGCCCCUAUGUCAGGCACUUUCCCGUCCCGAGACUUUCCGACCUCCCUGCUCCAUCUCCACCCUCAGUUCACCCCACCGAACCUGGACUGCCCGACUCUGGGCAUGCUUAACCACAGCGGGGUGGGCGCCUUCCGGCCUUUCGCUUCCCCACAAGAUGAGAGGGAACCUGGAGGUUACCAGUCAGCCUUCACUCCCGCCAAGAGGCUGAAGAGCUGCUUUCCUGACAUGGAGGGGAAGGAAUUUGACUUUGGUUCCUUGAAGGCCGGUGAGGAGACAGGGAGAAAGUUGUUCUCCAUGUCUGGCCUGCUGUCUGAUGGAGAGGCUUCGUCGAGCCCAGAGGAGCGUAAAGAGCACAGCAAAGUGAAGGGUCUGUAUGACUCCCAGGCGCCAGUCUGCCCAGUCUGUCAGGCCGUCCUGCGGCCCAGUGAGCUGCAGGAUCACAUGGAGCAGGAGUUAGCCAAACUCGCUCAGCUGCAGAUCAGUAUCACUCCAGUGCAACAUGACCACAUCAUGAGGACGCCGAAGUCUUUGUCCCUCUCUCUGCAUAUCAAACGAGAAGGAGGCUGUCCCACAUCACCUCCUCAACCGUCUGAGGAGCACCACUCAGAUCGAUACCAGACAUUUCUCCGAGUGCGGGCCAACAGACACACGAGACUAAACGUCGAUGACCUCUGCUGGUGCAGGUGCUACGUCAAAUCUGCCCUACUGCGCCCACACAGCGCAGGAGCCCACCUAGACUGCACACAAACUGUCAGGAUCGGAAAGCUGAAGAGGAGAAAACCAGAAGAUCUGCAGGAGGGUUCGGCAGACUUGGUGCCACUGGAGGACGAGUGGAAUGAGAGGAGACGGAUACAGAUGACAUCUGUAGGGUUUAAAGGUGCAGCAUUGGGAAGCAUAACUUCUAAAGAGUGUCGGGACAGCGACGCUGACCUUGAUGUUGACGGAGACGACACGCUGGAGUACGGCCGAGCGCAAUACUCAGAGACGGAUGUAAUCCCGUGUUCAGGAGAAAGCUCCAAGGUGUCAGCAGUGAACAGCAGCUUGGUGCCUGAUUCCAGACUUCACUUUGACUUUUCAAAACUGUCGAACGAUGGGAGUCCAUCAACAAGCAGUGCAGAGAAACAAGCUGGCAGCACAGCCUGUCUCCCAAAAACCUGCAAAAACACCGAGAUCGAGACGCUUUCAGAGGAUUCCACGUUGACAACGCUGGACGCACUUAAAGCUCGGAUACGAGAUUUGGAGAAACAGCUGUCUAAAGGAGACAGAUUUAAAUGCCUCAUCUGCAUGGACACGUACACCACUCCGCUCACCUCCAUCCAGUGCUGGCACGUUCACUGUGAGGAGUGUUGGCUGCGAACGCUGGGAGCAAAGAAGUUGUGUCCACAGUGCAACACCAUCACCUCACCUGGAGACCUGAGGCGGGUCUACCUCUAA